CUUCAAAACGUUGCGACAUGGUUACCUUUUACUUUGUUCCCGUAAAAUUUAACAUUUUCCAGCGCUUUUUAAAAAACGACCGCCAUGAGUUGGUGCAGGUGAGCCUAGCGUGACUAUUGAGCAGCCUCUGCCUCCGCCAGAGAUCCCGAGAUGGCGACCAAGUGGUUGGCAAGAACGAAAAAGAAGUUUCUCCGAUUACACCCGGCCUGGCGAAUGUACUUAAUCGUGCUGGGACUCCUGGUCCUAUACAACGAGGUGCUGAUUUAUGUGUUGCAGAAGCUUAAAUGGUCCAAUAUUUACUGCAAAGAGCCCAGCUGCGUGAGGAUAUUGCUGGUGGCGGAUCCGCAAAUUCUGGGCAAAACGUACGACACGCACUUCUACGUCGGGCUAGCGAACUACGACUCGGAUCGAUAUCUGGCCUGGUACUACGAACAGGCGGUCACACACGUUCAACCGCACGUAAUCAUCUUUCUUGGCGAUCUGAUGGACGAAGGCACCGACUCGACCGAGAUGCACUUCGAGGAGUACUACACCCGGUUCGGGGAGACAUUCCCGACCCAUCCGACUGCCAAGCAAAUCUACAUCCCGGGCGAUAACGACAUCGGUGGCCUGACGUACAACUCACCACUGAAUCCCGUUGCUAAGCGACGCUUUCGGCAGUACUUUUCCGAGCGCCCAGCUUGGGUGAUCAACGAUAAUCUGACGAUCUACAACAUCAACCGCAUUACGGCCGAAAUGACGUUGAACGAUCCCCGGAUGGUCGACAGCACGGGCCAGGAUGUGUCCGAUCGGUAUCUGCGCAUCUUCGUCAGCCACAUGCCGGUGCUGGAUAUACCGUCCUCCUUUACCUUCCAGGCCAUCGAUAACCUCAAGCCGAGCGUGAUCUUUUCGGCGCAUCUACACGUUUCGCAGUUCGCCCGGACACACCGGAGCCGGCUAAAAACGGUGGGCUAUGAACCACUGAGUCAAGACAAGAAAACGGCCUACAAGGUGCAUUCGUUCGAUCUGAGUUAUCAUAAGGACACCCAGGAGCUGCUGGAGAUCACCGUGCCAACCUGCUCUUACCGUAUGGGUGUACCGGACAUAGGCUACGGUUAUGCAGUCAUCGAUGGAACCACCCUGAAGUACACCGUGUUGUGGACCACCAGGCGUAUUUAUCAACUGAUCUCCUACCUUGUCGUGUUGAGUGUUUCCGUUGUAAUGUUUCUGUUUUUUACUGGUCGAUCGCUACUGCGGCGCUGCUUUGAACGGCCACAGCACAUACGGUUACCGAUGUAUUAGAAAAACGGGCACCGCGAAAAGUGGUUGCCCCUGGAGCUUAUCGUCGAAUUGAAUGCAGCUGCUAAUAAAGUGCUUUCGUGGUGUUGUAUUCUUUACUAAA